CAACGGGCCCACAGUACUGGUACUGUUAUGAAACGGAGUCCCGCUGGUAUGUCACUUUUCUUUGUUUAAAGUCUGCCUUUCCACUCGCUCCAGGUCGUCUGUGUGGAACCUCAAAAACUUUCCAUCAUGCAACUGGAGGCUCAGCUACGUUUAUGUCAGAGUUGUCUUUGGUGCUGCAAGAGCGGUCUGCGUCUGCUCUCACAGAGCUAUGUACACAGAAAAGCUGUGAACUACUACGACCUCCUUGGAGUCAAAUCUGAUGCAUCCUUGGACGAAAUUAAAAAUGCAUUUUUCAACAAAUCUAAGAAGUUACACCCAGACAGUGACCCAUCCAACCCAGCGCUGCACAGCCAAUUUGUGGAGCUGAACGAGGCCUACCGAGUGCUGAGCAAAGAGCUGAGCAGGAAGGAAUACGACUUCAAAAUCCGACCUCCAUACAGCGGGGGCCAGGCCUUCAGAUCUACCUCCAGUCACACCACCUACAGAGCCAGUACGGGGACCCAGAACAACUUUCGUUAUUGGGAGCAGUUUCGUCAAGCACAGGAGAUGCCGGCAGAGGAGUGGCAGAAGAGACGGAAGAGGAACUUCCACCUGGUUUGCUACUGCAUCGUCACGAUGGUGCUCAGCAUCGGAGCCCACUUAGUCUUCUUUAGGAAACUUGAACAAGUUCACAAUAACUUCAUGGAUGAGAAAGAUCGAAUCAUCACAGAAAUUUACAAUGAAUCCAAAGAGAGAGCCAGGGUCAACGGUUUUAAGAAGCAGACAGAAAUCCUGCGGCAGAAACAUGCUGAGUUUGUAGAGAAGUUCAAAAUCCGCAACGAUGGAGAAGACAAGUAGGAGAGUCUCCAACUGUGCUCAGUAAUGAUGGAGUUUGAGCUGCCAGCAGGUUGAAGGUGGACGCAAGACUGAUUGUGGUACCUGUUUUAGGAUUUUAAAGUUGUUUUUUUUUUUUAUUUAAACGAAACAGAUUGAUGCACCCGUGUUUGUUCUCAGCUGUGAUCCUGAGGACUUGAAGACACAGAACGCGGGUGUGAUGUUGGGUUUCAUCUGGUCAUACAUAUGUGUCUUCAUGACCAUGCUAAACUGCACAUCAGACUGGACUGAUCUGUUGAACCAUUUAUACUUAGUGUGGAUUAUUUGAAGUGAUGUGAUGGUCAAAAGGAUCCAGCUUCAGCUCAAACCUCUCUGAGCCACAAAGAAAACUGUAUAAGUUGCUUCUAAUUAGGGCUGGGUAUUAUUUAAAAAACUGUCACCAGAUGCUAUGGGUGUGUGUGCCUGGGUCCAGACUGGUUGUCUGGCAUUGCGACAUGAAAGAGCAGCUUCUUUGUUAAAAUGAAAACCUACUAGUGAGUAUCACAGAGGGAAUCAAUUAGCCAGUCAGCGCCACGGGUGGUACGAACGCCAUUGUCAAGUGUUAUCAAGCGAUGUGCCAGAACCAAAGAGGAGUAAUAAUAACAAUGGUGAGUGCUAUAGACAAGAUAGAUGCUGCUAUUGAGGAUGCUUUUAGUCGUCAUAACUUCUCAACAUUGCCCAGUGUUGUAGUUUGUGUUACUUUGCUUAGCUCCACUCUUAAAAGCCCAGCAAAACAGUGUGUGGACUUAAAGUGACGUUAGAUUCAGGCAGCCACAUUGCUCUGUAGUGAUUGGUUAGGGAAAAUUGAAUUCUCCUCCCUCACAGAAAUUAAUUAGAGAGGUGGCAAUGUCACACUAAAGAUGGAAACAGACUGUUACAAGUUGACAAUUCUGUCCGAUAUCAGGCGACAGACAUGUAGUAUAGCCCUACUUUUGAAUGUUGUGGUGGCACCUUAGCACACUGAACUGUCAACUCUGUCAAACACACCACACUCGACUUCAUACUGAACUGUACUUAAAAUGAAGAACGCCUGAGGUGUUUGGCUGCAAGGAAAUCCAUACGAGUAGUCACUUUUUUUUUAGAUCUAUGUACAUAAAGGAUCAAAUUCAGGUAUUGUUUGAUCAGAGAAGUUUUGAUACUACUUGGUAACGGCUUGUUUCAGGGUACUGAUACCCAGCCCUGAUCCAGAUGAACACACGGGAACCUGUUAUUUAUUGUCCCCUGACUCAUUGCUGUUAGUGGUACACAGCAUACAGGGCUCACAAAUAAAAGCCAAUCAAUGCCAGAUGAGUUGAGUCAGGUCAAGACAGGACUGACUAACUGAUUGAUUAAAAUCAUAUCUUGGGCUGAACAUUAAUGUUCUCUUAGGUUUGAUGAGACUGUUGGGGGAUGAUUGGGGAGGGUGAAGUAUGACUGUGCAAAGUCAAAAGUUUCGGCAAUAAGUGGUCGAAACAAAGUGAUUGAAAAAUGCGACUAUGCCUCUUCAGUAAUCACAGGUAUGGAUCUUGGGACAUCACUGUCAAACUCCUCAUUGUUCCCUCUGUCGACCUUCUGUGUUACUGUAAAAAUGCAACACCAUGCAUAAUAAAUGGACCUCCAUUUGUUAUAAAUAGAGUUAGAGAAGAAGAAGAUCAAUAUUAUGGCUUGAAAAGAAGUGACACUGAGUAAUUUAUUUAGACUAUGAGACUAUGAAAAUGUUAACAUUGAAUGAGUGGAAAGAAGUUCACUGGUUAUUUCAACAUUUUCCACUUUGCCUCUCAGUUUUUAGAUUUUAGAGAUUUUUGAUGUCAUUCUGUUUUUAACUGCCUUACCUCUUUCCUGAGGGGAUGUCAGAGGGAAAUGAUUAAAAGAUCAACAUUUUCUCAUUAAUCAUUACUUUUCCUUUUUGUUUGUCUCUCAUUCAUGUAUGUGUUGGUCCUGGAUUUGUAAUACAGAACAGACUACAGACACUGCAUGAUUU